AUCGUGAGCUACUUCUACACUGAUUUCUAUCAUCCCACAUUCCCCACACUCUCUUUCUCUCUCUCUCUCUCUCACUCCUUUCUCUCUAAUCAUAACAGAAGAAAUGGAGGAACAAAAAGUUGACCCAAAAUGGGAAGGCGAAGCCUCAGCUGAGAUAAAAGGCACAACACCACAACAAGUUUGGGAUCUCGUCCAGGAUUUCGGCAACGUUCACAAGUGGUUCCCAAAUCUUGAGACGUGUUACCUACUCGACGAUGGUAAUCAAUUUCCUGCCCAGACUGGUCUGAUCAGGUACUGCGCUUACACCCAAACAACAUCGUCCUCUGGUACUGAUCAGACCAUUACCUGGUGGGCCAAGGAGAAGCUAAUAAUGAUUGAUCCAAUCAAACGGUGUUUGAGCUACCAGAUCCUCGAGAACAACAUGGGUUUUAAGUGGUACGUGGGUACCAUGGAAGUAUUACCCAUCCACGAUGAUGGGAAAAAUGGGUGCAAGAUCAAGUGGUCAUUUGUUUGUGAGCCAGUGGAAGAAGGUUGGAGCUAUGAAGUUUUAGUCUCUUUCUAUGACUCGACCCUGAAGCUCAUUGCUAAGAAGAUGGAGGAGCUUUUACGCUCAUCGAUCUAAAGAGCGUCAAACUUGGAAGUCUACAAAUUAAGGCUGUUUUGUUAGUUAUGUAAUAAAAUAUAUGCCUUUUGAAUAUUCUAUAAUAAUUAUUAAAUAAAUGCUAGACUUCCCUUCAAGGAAGAAUAAUAUAUAUCUUAGAAUGAAUGAUUUUCGUGGCAA